UUCCUGUUUACCAAUUGAAGGAUUGUGGAUUGCAACAUCGCCGCGUUUUUCCCUCCACGCUAGUACAUGCCCACUUUACUCCCCGCACGCUCGUCUUAUUAAUCAGUUGUGUGGCCUCGUCUAUGCCGCGUGUCGCCGUGGGAGGAUAUUUGACACGAAGAGUCAUGAGGACUUGACAUUGAGAAGACAACCGCAGGCCGUAGAGGAUCCCCGGUGUUUCCUGAGUGCAGCUGACCGGCGAGCGAUCACUCCGUAUCGGCUGUCCGCUGCCGCGUCAGCGCGCAGCUGAAAGUAAAAUACUUGUUUUUAACGACUGGACGGAUUUAAAUGAGCCUAAAUAAAGUAGCUGCGACCAGUUAGCAGUACUCGGGAGGUCUCCGUGGCGCCUGCGGGCUGGAGUGCUACUUUUCCGGACAAGGGGAACACCGCCGGUGCCCUGAAUUCAGGAAGACCCUCCGGCCCCCUCAAGAGGGUAGCCAGGAAGGGAUGGCCUGGUCGGUCUUCCCGCCCCAGCGGACAAGGUGCUGCGGUGUUUGAAGGAGGUCGAGUCCGGUUAGAGUCCACCGCCGCCACCGCAGCGGUUCGAGGCACCAUGAUGGCCGCCUCUCCCUCCGCGGCCCCCGGCUUGACGGACGCUGGGCUGUCGGCCAGAAAGAGUGAGGACAUCGCGGAUUUGAUAGACGUCUUUUCCAAGGCCCAGUACCGAGCGAAGGAAGUCACUCCUCGGAUGGAGGCCAUAGAAAAGCGUUGUUUGGAGUUGUUUGCCAAAGAUUACAAGUACAGUGUCAUCCACAACACAAACGGAGAAGUUUGUGGUCAUUACCCACGACAGAUCGUCUUCCUGGAGUACGAGUGCGCCGAACUGGACCGUGACAGGUUUGAGAGUACAGUGCAGAUCAGUAAACUGCAAGAUUUGGUGAAUCGCAGUAAGCUGGCUCGCUGCAGGGGGAGGUUCGUCUGUCCGGUCAUUCUCUACAAUGGCAAGCAUAUAUGUCGUUCAUCUACUCUGGCAGGCUGGGGGGAGCUCUAUGGACGCACAGGAUAUAACUACAUAUUCUCUGGAGGUAGUGAUGAUACAUGGGCGGAGUCAGAGGAGGUUCCUCAGGAUGAGAGCGCCGUCAGGAACGGGGACUCCCAGCUCUUUGACAAGGUCAGAGGUCACGACAUCAAGCUGCUGCGCUACCUGUCAGUUGGCUACAUCUGCGACCUCAUGGUGGAGAAUAAGAAGGUUAAGUUUGGCCUAAAUGUGACGUCUUCCGAGAAGGCAGACAAAGCCCAACGCUAUGCAGACUUCACUUUGCUCUCUGUGCCUUACCCAGGAUGUGAGUUUUUUAAGGACUACAAGGACAGGGACUACACGGCUGAGGGCCUGGUAUUCAACUGGAACCAGGACUUUGUGGACGCUCCUUUGACAAUCCCGCCAUGCUUCACUAAGAACCUAAACAUCGACUGGGCUCAGUACCAGUCAUGGGAUCUGGUGGAGCAGACACAAAACUACCUGAAGCUGCUGCUGCAUAUCAUCAACAGUGAUGAUGACAAUGGUCUCCUUGUUCACUGCAUAUCAGGCUGGGAUCGAACUCCUCUCUUUGUUUCUCUUCUCAGGCUUUCUCUUUGGGCAGAUGGUGCUGUGCACGCCAGUCUGGACCCGGCCCAGAUCCUCUAUUUGACCAUUGCUUACGACUGGUUUCUCUUUGGUCACAUGCUGCCAGACCGACUCUCCAAGGGGGAGGAGAUUUUCUUUUUCUGCUUCAAUUUUUUGAAGCACAUUGUCUCAGAGAAAUUCUCUGCUGUUCGAAAACAGAGAAGGAAGAACUCUCACUUGAAGGAGAGCGACUUCACCCUAGAGGACCUCUGCCAGUUAAAGUCGAGGGAUCGUGGUAGUGUGACCAGUCUGAGCAGUGAGUUUUCCCUAAUCACUGAGGAGGCAGGUGUAGCUUCCAGUUUCACCAGCGACACUGUGGACCUCUUCACCAGCCAGCCUCCACUGUCCACUUGGAAAAAAGGCACCACUUCCUCUCCUCAAAUGGUCGUGUGGGCCAAACCAAACCCUCUGGAUGAACCGCUCCCAAACCCCCUCAGUGAGGCCAGGUCUUCCAGCUCCUCCUCCUCCAACCAUUCGGAACAUGCCGUCACACGCACUGGCAGCAGCCCGUUGGCUGUCCCUGGCCGAAGGUUAGCAUCAGACUACGCUCGCUCUGGGUCUUCUCUGUCGACAGAGUACGGCAGUUGGCAGAUAGUAUCAGGUUGCGGCAGCAUCCAUGAUCAUCCUCCUUUGCCGCCACCUCUGGCCUGCGCAUCCUCCACCUCGUCUGCCGUGGCUGCUCCCUAUGACUCCCCCCUGCCUUUCAGCUUCCAGGAGGAGGGUCCCAAUGGGCGCAUGCAUUGCUUCCCCUCCGAGCGUCAGGCCCGUCUAGAAGCGGUACGGGAAACCUUCCUGGCGGCCUACAGCUCCACGGUAGGUCUGAAGUCCGUGGUGUCCAGCCCCUCCGCCGCAAUCUCAGGCCUCCUCGAGCAGUUCGCCCGUGGCGUCGGCCUUCGAAGCACCAACGCCAUCGUCUGACCGCCUUUUCUCGGAAGCGACUGUGGGCGACAGUAAAGUGCCAAACAUCCCUCAUACAGGAAGUUCUUCUCCUCUUAAAAUCACCCUUUUCUUAUGUCACUUUUUCAUCAGUCCAUCUACAAGUUGAACCUGGUCCAGACCCUAUCGUGGAGUCUGGUUCCACCUGGUUCCAAUCACCUUUGUGUUUACCCCAUUGGAUGGUGGCUCUAUGGGGGCGGGGCUUUUUUUCUUUAGGCACCUAACUUUUCAAUCCCAUUUCUGGGGUGACGAUUGUAUUCAGAUUGAUUCUCGAUUCAAAUCGAUUCUCGCAACGUAUUUUUUGGUAGAAUAUAUACAGUACAGGUCAAAAGUUUAGACACACCCUCUCCUCAUUCUUCCUUAUUUUCAUGACAUUGUAGAUUGUCACAUCAAAACUGUGAAUGAACACGUGGAGUUAUGUACUUAACAGAAAAAAGGUGAAAUAACUGAAAACAUGUUUUAUGUUCUAGUUUCUUCAAAAUAGCCAACCUUUGUUCCGAUUACUGCUUUGCACACUCUUGGCAUUUUCUCCAUGAGCUUUAAGAGAUCGCCACCUGAAAUUGUUUUCACUUCACAGGUGUGCUUGAAGCUCAUGGAGGGAAUGCCAAAAGUGUGCAAAGCAGUAAUCGGAACAAAGGUUGGCUAUUUUGAAGACACCGGAAUAUAAAACAUGUCUUCAGUUAUUUCACCUUUUCUUUGUUAAGUGCAUAACUCCACAUGUGUUUUAUAUUCUAGUUUCUUCAAAAUAGUCACCUGUUGCACCGAUUACUUUUUAGCACACUCUUGGCAUUCUCUCCAUGAGCUUCAAGAGGCAAUUACCUAAAAUGGUUGUCACUUCACAGGUGUGCUUGAAGCUCAUGGAGUGAAUGCCAAGAAUGUGCAAAGCAGUAAUCGGAGCAAAGGGUGGCUAUUUUGAAGAAACUACAAUAUGAAACAUGUUUUCAGUUAUUUCAACAUUUGUUCGGUGCAUAACUCCACGUGUGUUCAUUCAUGGUUUUGAUGUGACAAUCUACAAUGUAAAUAGUCAUGAAAAUAAAGAAAAGAUAUUGAAUGAGGUGUGGCCUGUACUAUACAUACAUACAUACAUACAUACAUACAUACAUAUAUAUAUAUAUAUAUAUAUAUAUAUAUAUAUAUAUAUAUAUAUAUAUAUAUGUGUAUAUAUGUAUGUAUAUAUAUAUAUAUAUAUAUAUAUAUAUAUAUGUAAUGAUUGUAUUUUAUUUUUUCUAAAGUUAUAGGUUAGAAAAGCUAUUUUUGUGUGCAAAGAAAUGGCCAACAGUACAAAAAAAUGUUUUCCUUUUUUUUCCUUUUAAUCCAAUGUUUUUAAAAUCAGAAAUCGAUUUAGAAUCAGAAUGAAUAAGAAUCACAAUUUGAUUGUGAAUUGAUUUUUUACCAGGUGCUUACCUCAAAGCCCCUCCCCCGCAACCAGGUUUUCUUUAAUCACUAAUCUUUGUCCUUUCCUCGGCUUGUUUCAUCUGUUCACUGCCUUCAGAGUUUGGGAGGGAAUGGUUUUCAUUCAUGUAACAAAACGGGCGUGUGAUCAGACUCCAUUAUUGCCUUCUGUUGGAUUUAAUGCCAAUUUAGACCAACUCAGCACUUAUUGUCUUGUGAUGAAAUUGGCAUCCUCAUGCUCACAUGUCUUCAUUGACAUCCCAUUGAGGAUACUCCUAUACAAAAAAAGGUUUUGGACCCCCUGCUGCUUGAGUGCGUUGAACCCUUACAAAGAUGUGAAGAGUAGAGGGACAGAAUGUCAAAGAGAAUUAGUUUAAGGACAUUAACUGUAAAUAUGAACCAUUUCUUGGCCAAAUAGUGCUCCCUUCCUCACAUAGUUUCUUGUUGAUGAUCCACUCCAGCUCCUUUCACAGCUCUUUGAGAUCAGGAGUACUUUAUUAAAGGAACAGGACUCAAUUGUGUGUUUCACGGACACUCAACCACUUUGUGGGAUACAACGCUUGCUACUCAUUACAGUAAGUUAUCUCAUCCUUGCUGUCAGUCAGUUAGUUAGUCAGUCAGUUGGUCUUCAAAAUAUCUCACAGAGUUAUGGCCAGAUGUUUAGAUUUUGGGCCUUAUCCAAAUCGUUUCUCUGGAUGACUGACAAGCGAGUUCGCUCUGUUUUUUUCUUCCCGCUUUAAGCAACUGAAAAAGUUAUGGACGGAUUCUCAUGAAAGUUUCCGGAUAUGUCAAAAACAGGAUAAGGAACAACUGAUUCCAUUUUGGGCCUGAUCCUAAUACUUUCUACUGUGUUGCUUUACAUUUGUCUUCUGUGUGUGAGAGAGGCUUCACUUUGUAGCUUUCAUUCUGCUAUAGAUGGUUCCAAAUGUUACAGCUGAAUUUUGACGAAACUCCCCGAAAUGGGGUAAGGCACUUGUGAUGAGAUUUCAGGGCUGAUCCAGAUCACCGUCUGCAUUCAGGACUUGUUUGAUACUGGGAAGUAAGGCCUGGUGGAGGUGUAAGGCUCAAACUUUCUUUUUUUGCAUUCUGUCUCCCUUUGACAAAUAAGAAAUGUUUAUAUCUUUGUAAGGGGGUAACGUUACAAACUCGUCAGGGGAUCCAAUACUUAUGUUGCUACUGUACGUCAGGAAAGCUGUUGUGUAAACGGGGGGGUUGUCAUCCAGACACUCGUAUUCUAAGGACUCUGUAUGGGUUACAUGAUUUGUUUGACAUCUUGUUGAUGUUCUCUUCAAAUUUUAGUCACCAGCUUUGAUGGCUUUUGUACCUCAGGAUGCUUUUGGUGCUUUUUGUGUUCAUGUCCAUGAACGACUGAUCCCUUCUCGAGACCUUGGCUCAACGGUUCAGGUGCACUCACGUGGGUUCAUGUGAAAUGUUUAGUUUCAGGAGUUGUUCGAGUAUCUAUUUUUUAUUUUUUUUUUGGCCCCGAAUUGAGCAGUAGCAUCAUUAGCUUUGCAAUAAACAAUAUGGGUUGAUGACAUCAUAAUCAUAUCACAAUCGCUUGUGUGUCUUACGGCCGGAGGAAAGUCACUAUUUGGAGAAACGCACUUACUCAUGCCAAGACUCGAAUGAGAAGGGGUUUUGUAUGCUUUUAUUUUUUUCUAUUUUUUUUUAGAUCUGGACAUUUUUGAAAGUUGGGAAAAUUACAAUGUUAUUUUUUUGGUGUGUUUUUUUUUUAGUUUUCUCCAAAAGUGACUACUCAAAUAAACAUGGCACUUCUGCUGAUUCAGAGUGUUCACAUUUUUAUACUUUGGACUUUUGAUCUUUUUUGAGCACACAUCUCACAGGCGGUUAAGGGAAUAAUUAUGCUGUUCCCUCUAAUUUUUUCAUCUGUCUGAGCAAACGCACAAACUGCCUGAGCUUUCAGUGAGCAACAUCCGACGUGCACACUGUCACCACACUAGCAUCACAUCUGUACUAGGGCUGACAUAAGUUCAACUUCUUAUUGUAAUAAUGAAAUAACAGCAGUCAUUUCCUUUAUAUUAUUUUCUAAUAUAACUGACUGAAAAUAAAAAAAAUAUUGGUUUUUCAUGA